UGGGGAGGUGCUCGUCGACGACUCACCGCGUUCGAGCGAUUCGAACCCUAAUCGAAGCGUAGGGCUUCUCCGAAACAAGUGGAAGCUUCGGGUGGUCUUCCUUCAGAACGCCUCAAUCCGAUCUCCUCGCCAAUAGAACAAUCUACGGCGAUUCAGGUUUUUACCUCCUUUGAUCCGGCAGUAAAUAGCUAGAAGGGUGGCAAUUUGCUGCGAAACCUAUAAUGCGGGCAUUGAGAUGCAGUACAUAUAUAUAUUGUGGGCAUAUGAGAUGGGGAUAACCUACUUCAGGCGUCAAACAUUUCCAUGAUGAUUGAGAUACAAUGUCCAGGGGUCUAGCUUCUAAUAGCAAAUACAGCUAUAACCACCUUAAUGGGAAAGGUGCAUCUGAAGCAAUUGAUGUACAUGAUAUUACAGUCAAGAAGAGCAGAUUACGAAUUUUCUUAUCAUACUUUGGGGCUGCUGUGUUUCUUACAGCUACCUUCUAUUUAGUUGUGUUGAAGGAAUUGUGUAUCAGCUCCAUUUGGAGCAUUCUUGUGUGUUUUUCCUUGGCCAAAGUUCUGCAUCACAAGCCUAUCAAGAAAGAAUCAGUGGUGAUUAUGCCAGCAUUUGGUGUUCAACUUGAAACUCAUUACUGGAGCGGAAGGGUCACCUGCCGUUUUGUCCCCAUCAGCAAGAUACUCAAACCGGUGUUGAAUGAAUGUGUGACUCCUGUAACUUGUCACUGGAGCUUGGCUUUAAUUCUGCGUGACGAGGAUGAGCUUAUGUUAGUUUUCCAGAAAUUGCAACCACCCGUAAGGAUGUUGGUCCCUGUGUGGAAAGCCUUGUGUGCUGCCAGCCACUGACUGCAAAAGAAAUCAGCACCAUCUGAACGCCUGUGCAGGUAAUUCUGCAUAGUUAUGCUUCAGGGAAGUGAAUUGUGAGGGAGAAACUCUAUGAAAAGCGGAUGUUGUGAGAGAGGCACCCAAGGAUGUCAGCAGCCUGUUGUCUCACGCUGAUUCGAAUGCGAUGGUAUAAUAUGUUAUCAUUUGAGGCAGUGCUGGGUAGCAUAUAUCUUGCAUUUGACACUGACUAGGGCAGAAAACCUAUACGGUUUCUCUGCCUAUAAAAGGAAAUUAAAUCCAAGGUCUUCUAGAUGAUGACCUGCAGCUUGGGUACUUUGUGGUAUCCUUGCAGCCCAUUCGGAUACAUGAUGAACAGCUGACCUGCAGGUCUCAAACAGUAUGAUAGAUGAGAUGGUUGUGUAUCUGUGCCCGUAUGGUGAUUACCAUCUUUGUUGUUUUUCCUCCUGCUGUUUUAGAAUCUUGGUAGAUUACUUGUUCUUGGAACUCAUAAUUGUUAUACCAUUCUUCAUUUUGUUUUAUGGUUUGUUUUAGUAAUUGGUCACAUAUAUUGUCAUUGAUGUCUUGUUCUUGGGUUCUUGCUACAUGAUGGACAAUAAAUUUGAUUCCUAGUUUCUUGUA